UCCUGAUGUGGACAUAGAGCGGAGCUGGAGUUCGCUCUGACCUGUCCAGUCCGGACUGCUUUGACCAGUGAUGGAUGAGGAAGAAGCGCAGGACAGCGAGUGUCCAGUCUGCUACGAGAGUCUGCAGGACAGCGCGAGGACACUGAGCUGCGGACACGCGUUCUGCCACGACUGUCUGGUCAGGACGCUGGUCAGUGUGAACCGGGAAGGAACCGUCACGAGAGACAGCAUCAUCUGCCCCGUCUGCAGACACGUUACGUUCAUCACCAAACUCCAGGGACUCCUCGGGCGAGCCGGCGAGAAGGAGCAGAAGAUUUUGGAAGUGCCGUCGACGUCCGUCGCGCGUUCGGCGAGCGUCCACAGCGGUCGUUUUCACUGGAUAAGCGCGUGCGUGAGAUGGCUUUCGUCCAGACUGAGCCGUCAGAGGCUGGUCUGUCCAAAAGACUCCUUGCAGGUGUUCAUCAUCAGCGACAUGGGGCGCCCAAUGGCCGAAGAGGAUGUUAUUGAUGUUGGGACUAACGCAGUGAUCCACGAGAACACCACUGGCCGCAGCUGGACUAUGUGCACGACCUCCUACUGCCUGCUCGUCCUGUUAAUAGCCUUUACCUUGCUCGCAUUGGUAGCGGCAACGCUGCCUUGGGUCCUGUUGGUGUAGAGCAUUCCAUGGACCUCAACAAGUUUUGAAGGAUGUUAUGACGUGUAAAAUGACCAUUUUCAAAAAAUACUACGAGGCUGGAAUAGGCUUCAUAUUCGAAUAUUACGUUCCACCUUAAAUGCUGCAGCAGUUUUAUUAACUUCCGCAGCACUUAAGGUGGAACGGAGAAUUCGAAUAAGAAGCUCACGUCUUAUGGACACCUGCUUAACUGAUCAUUGAAAAAAUGGUAUCUUGGCAAGUGGAAGCGUUUUGAAUGGUAAGCCGUACAUCUGAUACAUCAUUAUGAGAUUGUUCUAAGGAUAUUGAACAGUUCUAGAUAUCAUUUUAAGUGAGGAUUGUCAAGUAGAAUGAUCUCACAGGCAGAUAAUUUUGCUUCUUUCAUGAAAUGAUGCUUGAAAGCAGUAAAAGUAAUAUUAUUUCAAUAGAAAAGACCCCUUCAUAUAAGUAAACACGUCCAGAAAUAGGUAGAAUAAACCUAAUAUUCUUGCCACAGUCUCACUAUGAGAAAUACUAGAUAAUACCUACAUUCAAGAUGCUUAAACUUGCAAAGAUGUAAUUUUUCCCCCAGUGUAUCAGGGCUGUGACAGACUUUGUAGUUCAUACGCAUUUCCACUUUCUACAUUUCACCGUAGCUUGGCCCUUCCUAGUCCUACCACAUAAGGGAUCUUCUCAAAGCAAAGAACGGUGGUUUUGAAGCUGAUCAAACAGCACAAGCUGAGCUCUGCUUGGCAGUAUUUCUCUCACCAAAUUAUUAAUGUGAAGGAAGGAUCAUUUGAACUAGGAGGGCCAGCAAGAGAAGAUGAGCUUGGCAGGAGGCUUGAUGCUUUGAAAGGGGAGAUGUUUGUGGGAUGGAGUUACAGCACUUCACACAUUGAAAUUCUGGGAAAGUCACUUGGUUUCUGUGCGAGUAGAUCAGGAGAAGAGCCGUUAGUGUUUCUUUACGCUGCUUGAAUACCUGUGUGGAGAUCCCUUUUUUUUCGGGCACACCCUUGCUCUUCAAGCACUUCUUGUCUCACAGGUUAGAACACCGCACUUCCCUCUCCACCCAUCUCACCUACUGACCACAGCUGAGUGAGAGAGUUGAGAUACUACCUGCGCAUGAAUGUAUUCAUUUCACAACCUUAUUCAGUUUGGUUAAAGAAAAAGCUAACAAAUCUCACUAGUAGUGUAUAUUUACAGUGUUCAAUGUUGGGUUUUGUUUUCAGGAUUUCAAUUUACUUUAUUUGUCUUACAAAGGAAGUGAAAAGAUUUAGGCCAGAAAUCCUUAAAAAUAAAGGUUCCUAAAAGGUUCUUGGACAUACAGUUCUAGGAGACACGUUUGGUAUAGGAACUUUACAUUAUGUGGAACUUCUUUAGGGAACAAAGUUGUUCUUCUAUGGCGUUUCUCCAAAGAACCCUUUCUAGCACCUUUGUUUUUAAACGCGUAGUUUGGCUUACUAUGCAAUGUAUGCAAUAGUAUAUUUGUAUACUAUAGUAAUAUGACAAUAUAUACAGUAUUGUGCAAAGCUCAGAGACCACACUUCAUAUAUUUAACUUUCAGUCAAAAACAGGGAAAAAACAGAAUACAGGAAAUCACACAGAAGCUUCAAAAUACUGAAUGGUAUCAAAAUUUCAAUAUUUUGUGUGUUGACCCUACCUUUAUUAUAGCUUUCCAUUUUUUUCAAGAGACUCACUUUUAGUUUUUCAGAGAAAUCUGCAGGAAUAUUUUUCAGUUGGUUACAUUUUCUGCUUUUCCCAAUCCAAGUAAUCCCAAACACAUUCAGUGAUGUUAUGUCUGAAUGGUCCAUUGUUCUGAGAAUACCAGCAGUUUGACUGAUCUGCCAGUGUUUUCCUUUUGUAGUCUAUUUUCUUUUCUCAGUAACAGU